AAGCUGCCCGGAGACUGCUCCUCGCAGCAAAAGAGAUAUAAUUAGCCAAAGGCCCCCUUUUCCCCACCUGUGGUGCAGGCAGGGACCAGUGGGGCAAACCCGGAGCGCGGUGAGUGCGCGCCCCCGAGAUCUCCUUUGUUGGCGGGCUGGUCCCUUUGCCUUGGGCCGCCAGGGAGGAAGUGAUAAGUGGCCGAAUUUUGGCGCCAGCAUCGAGACGCCGCCAGCCGGGCCCAAGAUCGAGCGAGAAGGGCAGACCCCCCGGUAGCCAGCUCCGCGCACAGCGGCCCCGCAACAAAGGUAAAAGCUCUGCAAGUCUGCAAUAAAAAUGGCCUCCAAUAAAACUACAUUGCACAAAAUGGGAAAGAAACAGAAUGGCAAAGGUAAAAAAGUUGAAGAAGCAGAGCCUGAAGAAUUUGUUGUGGAGAAAGUCCUGGACAGACGUGUAGUGAAUGGGAAGGUUGAAUACUUCUUGAAAUGGAAAGGAUUUACAGAUGCUGACAACACAUGGGAGCCCGAAGAAAACUUAGAUUGUCCAGAGUUAAUCGAAGCCUUUCUGAACUCCCAGAAAGCUGGUAAAGAAAAAACAGAUGGUGGGAAAAGAAAAUCUUUAUCAGAUAGUGAAUCUGAUGACAGUAAAUCAAAGAAAAAGAGGGAUUCUGUUGAUAAACCAAGGGGGUUUGCAAGAGGUCUUGAUCCUGAGCGGAUAAUUGGAGCCACAGAUAGCAGCGGAGAACUUAUGUUUCUCAUGAAAUGGAAAGACUCGGAUGAGGCAGACUUGGUGCUGGCCAAAGAAGCUAACAUGAAAUGUCCUCAGAUUGUAAUUGCUUUUUAUGAAGAGCGACUAACUUGGCAUUCGUGUCCGGAAGAUGAAGCACAAUAAUCAUUUGCAUUGCUUUUUUUAUAUAUAUAUGAAUAUGAAAACCUGGAUUUUGAUUUUAUUCUUUGAUUUAUUAGCAAUGUGAGGAAAACCUCUACAUUCUAAUGAGAAUUGAGUUUGAUAUGUUUGUUUUUUGAAGUAGUGUGUUUUGCAUCAACAGCAAGUAAAUAAAGGCUUUCUGCAACUUGCUUCAUUAAUGACAGGACAGCAUUUGAUACUAUUUCCUCCAUAUUAGGUAAAGGCUUUUAUAAACCUUCAUGAUCCUCCAUAGUUAUUACUGAAUCAUAACAAAUGUUUAAACAAACUCACAGAUGUUUUAUAGUCUUCUAUGCUAUUGAUGUGCAUGUAUCUUCUUUACCCCAACCUAGCCCCAUAACAUGUAGAACCAUUCUUUUUAGUAUUUGAGGUAAUGUAGUCCCAAAGAGGCCAGGUAAGAACUAACUUUGUAGUAAUUUGAAUGUUAUCAUACUGUAUAUUGUUUACUUUAUUGUAAAUACUGGUGAACAGUGGUCAAUAAAAUAGUUUUAUAUUCUUCCUUUA